GUCUUGAAGCCAAUGUGGCCUUUCCUUGCCGCCUCUAGCAUUACGUUCUUCCUUGUCUCGAAGGCACAGGACAUGGGCGUCCGCUCUGAACAAUACAAGAACGAUCCUCGAAACCCCUACCGCGAGCAGAUCGCUAAGGAAGAGGCUGCUAAAGCACACCACUAG